AUGUUCAACUACCUGGCAGUAGAGGUGAGGCCCCAGCUCCACCGCAGCUACGGGGGCCAGCAAGGGGUGUCUGGGCCACUGAAGAGCCGGCUGGAGCAGCUGAAGAAGCCGUGGUGGAGGGAGCCCACCCCGCUGGUGCUCCAGCACAGCGAGACAGCCAGGCUGGCCAUCGACGCCUUCCUGGAGCAGGGCGAGCGCGGCUACCUGAGCGCCAUCGCCGAGGAGCGGGAGCUGCCCUUCCUCUCCAGCCUGGACAUGGAGUACAUCAGCCAGCAGAGGAACCAGAGCCUUCCAGAUCCCAGCGCGACGAAAGACAAGGAUGCUGACCCUGGCGAUGCGGACGCUGGGGACGGGUUCUCCCUCAACUCCGAACUGACGUCGGGCACCUACUUCCCGCUCAUGUCUGACGUGCACCCCCCGGAGCUGGAGCUGGGCUGGCCAGGGACAUCGCUCCUCACGGUGUCUGUCCAGACUCAGGCCACUGUGGUUUUCCAAAGAAACAAAACUAACAGCAUUAAGGAUUUGGUCCGGUCUCUGAUCAGCCAGGCACGGGUGGUGAUAGCAAUUGUGAUGGAUCUGUUUACAGACAUGGAAAUCCUGUGUGACCUUCUGGAGGCCUCGAGCAGGCGGCACAUCCCUGUUUACCUGAUCCUGGAUGAGGAGUACUUGAAGCAUUUUGUGGAGAUGUGCAAUAAAAUGGCUCUGACUCAGGACAGCUUCCCAAACAUGCGCAUCAGAUGCCUGAGUGGAGACACGUACUACAGCAAAGCAGGCAAGAAAUUUGCAGGCCAGGUUCUGGAGAAGUUUGUCCUGGUUGAUUGUGACCAAGUUCUUGCUGGUACAUACAGUUUCACCUGGCUGUGCAGCCAGGUCCACACCGGGCUGGUGACUCACUUCCGAGGCCAAAUCGUUGCCGAGUUUGACAAGGAAUUCCGGUACCUGUACGCGGAGUCCAGGGCAGUGACCACCUUCUGUGUGCCGGACCCUGGGACGUGCCUCUCCUCUCGGAGCCCCUCCAAAGUUGACAACUGCCUUUUAAAACCCCCGCAGGGGAACGACGCUGAGACCCUGAGCCCCUCCAGCAGCCUUUCCAACGUGAGCAUCAGGAGCAUAAAAGUAUCUCCCUUUAUGAAAAACUCCAGCUGCAGUGCGCACCAGGAAAAGCAAGACUCCAGCUCUGAUUCUGGCAAUAAGAAGGGGAAGGAAGACACAUCCCUGAAGCCCACUAGGCAGCAAGAAGAGCCACCAGACACAGUGACCGGUCCUCCAAAUAAACCCACCUUGUUUCCCAAAGCAAACCCCGUGUCGGCAAGGACAUUCCUGCAGCCAGAGCCCUCCCCUGCCCUGAGCUCCAAUAAACCUGGUUAUCAGGGGGACUCCAAGGCCAACAGCAGCCACUGCUCCCCUCCGAGGCCGGAGCAGCCGCUGCAAUCCCUGUCGGAGGGCGCCGGGAGCAACGGGACCAGCCUGAAGCAGAGGGGGCCUGCGGGCACCCCCAGGGAGCUGCCGGCCGAAAAUGACAACGUGUUCUAUGGGGUGGAAAAGAGACAGAGCCCCGGGCACGGGAAAUUUGACCUGUUCUCCCCAUACAACCAGCUCCGACGGGACAAAAAGCCCGCGGCGCCGUGCUACGACAAGCUCCCGGAGGAGGUGCUGAUGGAGAAGAACAGCGCGUACGGGGCGGAGAAGAGAAUGACUCUGGGGCACAGCAAGCUGGACCUCAUCACCAAGUACAACAAGCUCAAAUCCAAACACAUACACAGCCGCUUCGAGCUCUGACCCGGGGCCUGCAGGGGGCCUCGGCUCUGAUUUUCCAGGGGUUGCUUUUCCUUGGGGCUUGGAAUCAAAAUAUGGGUGGCGAAUUAGUCUUGUUGCUGUGAAAAGGCGCCUGUUUAAUCGUUUAAUCUGUGCAGAUGACUGAUUCAGGUGAGAUUAGCGACUGCAGUUCAAAUUUCCAGUGGCAUAAUCGUGGCAGGAGAGGGAAAAGCACAUAAGCACAAUCCACGCUCUCUUAACCCAUUCGGGAAAGAACUGUUUCCUUCCGAACUUGGAGCAAAACCGUUGUACAGCUGGAAACUGUUGGGCCACGGAGGUGUGCGGGGUGAGCCUG